UUGACACAAACCGAGUAACUUCUGAAUGUGACUGAAGUAAUCAACUGUUUAACGUCCAUUUAUGAUGUUUUGGAACAAAACCACAAGGACUUGGUCAAUGUGCCACUCUGUGUCGACAUGUGUCUGAACUGGCUGCUGAACGUAUUUGAUACGGGUAUGAGUGGAAGAAUCAGAGUGCUUUCUUUGAAAAUUCGCUUGACGUGACUCUUCAAGGAUCAACUGGAGGAAAAAUACAAGUAUCUCUUCAAACAAGUCGCUGAACCCACAGAUUUAUGUGACCAACGAAGCCUGAGUCUUUUGCUUUACGAUGCAGUCCAGAUCCCUUGGCAGCUGGGUGAGGUAGCUUCAUUUGGAGGCUGCAACAUUGAGCCAAGUAUCCGCAGUUGCUUCCAACAUGGCCAGAACAAACCAGAGAUUGACGUUGAACGCUUUGUCGAGUGGAUGAGAUUGGAGCCUCAGUCCAUGGUGUGGCUGCCUGUUCGACACCGUGUGGCAGCUGCUGAAACUGCAAAACAUCAGGCUAAGUGUAACAUCUGCAAAGAGUACCCAAUCGUAGGUUUCAGGUACCGCAGUCUCAAGCACUUCAAUUCUGACAUCUGCCAAAGCUGUUUCUUUUCGGGGCGCACAUCAAAGGGACACAAGUUACAUUGCCCCAUGGUGGAGUACUGCACUCCGAACCUACCCCGGAAGAGAGAGCCCAGAGAAUUGCCAAAGCUGUCCGCAAACAGUCAAUAGAAGUGAAGGAAACUUGGGAGCAAUUGAAAAUCCAUGCGAGCAACUGGCAGGAACAGGUG